AUGACACAGAAUGCAAAGCUGUCAAACGACCUUGCUUCAAAUGGCAUGACACAGAAUUCAAAGCUGUUGAAUGACCUUGCCUUAAAUGGCAUAACACAGAAUGCAAAGCUGACAAAUGACCUUGCUCCAAAUGUCACAACACAGAAUGCAAUGCUGUUAAAUGACCUUGCUUACAAUGGCAUAGCGCAGAAUGCAAAGCUGUCAAAUGACCUUCCUUCAAAUGGCAUAACGCAGAAUGCAAAACUGUUAAAUGACCUUGCUUCAAAUGGCAUAACGCAGAAUGCAAAGCUGUCAAAUGACCUUGCUUCAAAAGGCAUAACAAUGAAUGCAAAGCUGUUAAAUGACCUUGCUCCAAAUGGCAUUACGCAGAAUGCAAAGCUGUCAAAUGACCUUGCUCCAAAUGGCAUAACACAAAAUGCAAUGCUGUUAAAUGACCCUGCUUCAAAUGGCAUAACACAGAAUGCAAAGCUGUCAAAUGACCUUGCUCCAAAUUGCACAACACUGAAUGCAAUGCUGUUAAAUCACCUGGCUUCAAAUGGCAUAACGCAGAAUGCAAUGCUGUCAAAUGACCUUGCUCCAAAUGUCACAACACAGAAUGCAAUGCUGUUAAAUGACCUUGCUCCAAAUGGUAUAACACAGAAUGCAAAGCUGUUAAAUGACCUUGCUUAA